AAAUUAUAUAUCAUGUUUGGUUCUCGUUAUAUCAGCAGACCAAAAUCUUAGAGAAGAUGAGAGAGAGAGGUAGAGCGAGAACGAGAGAAGGUGACAGACGGGCACGGACUAGGAAGACGGCACAGAGUAAAGAGAAUGGUAGAUCUCAGCAGAGAAAUCAUCAGAGAAGGGGGCUACCAGACCAGCUACGGGAGAAGCAGUACGAGCAGAAUCAAGCGUUUGAAGGGAAGCUGGGAGACUCUUACGACUGGGGAUUGUACAAACAAGCGACCCCUUAUUUCUUCACAAACUUCCCAAAAGAAUGGACAUACGAAGACAUGUGGAGAACGUUUCUAAAAUACGGGAGGGUAUAUGCCAUUUACAGUCCAAAGAGGAGAAGCAGAAAUGGUGGCAGGUUUGGCUUUGUCAGAUUUCUUGAUGUGAAGAAUAGAAAAGAGCUGGAAAGAAAACUAGAUAAUAUCUGGAUUGGGGAUUGCAAACUGUGGGUAAACUCCCCAAGAUAUGAAGACAACCAACAAGAAGGGAGGGAAACAAAAUCCAGACUCAUUUCGGAGCCACAAGUACAAAACAGGAGCUAUGCAGAAGUCCUGAAAGUGCAACACUCGAACAGGCAGGUAUGGCAAGAGAAAGGAAGGAUUGAUUCUUGGGCUGGGUUUGAAUACAACACUAAUCAAGAAGAUAUCGCAUGGUUGGAGGGUUGUUAUGUGGGCACAACUCAUUCGGUUGAAAUGGUUAGAAACCUGCAGGAAAAAUUCUACAUGGAAAGGUAUUUCUCCUGUAGAAUUCAAGCGAUGGGGGGUAGAUUGGUCCUAAUGGACUGUGAGGAUAAGGAAGAGCUGAAAGACCUGGUAGAAUCAGCAUCAGAGUGGCUGGGCCAAUGGUUCGAGAAGGUUCGCCCUUGGACCCCAUAUAUGGUAGCGGAAGAAAGAUUCGUUUGGAUCAAAUGUCAAGGUGUAGCAUUAAACGUCUGGGGGCCUAAAUUCUUUGCUUCGAUGUGGUGCUCAUGGGGCAAGUUCAUUUGUCUUGAUGAUAGCACAAGUCAAAGGAGGAGGUUUGACAUAGCUAGAUUUUUAAUUUCGACUCCAGUUAUGAACACCAUAUCAGUGACAAGACAAAUCAAAAUUGACGGGUCCGUAUAUAAGCUCAAGUUCACAGAGGAGGAAUUUACCAAUAGUUUCUUCUCUUUGAAACAGGACUUCAUCUCCUUCUUUAAUAGCGACUCAGAGGAACAAGAAACAUGGUCAAUGGACAGUGAGAAUGAGGUCUGUGCUAGUAAAAGUGCAGGGGAGGAAGAACAGGCGAAGGACGACUCAGCUGAGAAUGAGGAAGAUGAUGAUGACGUGGCAUCCAACAAAGGGGAGUCGUACGAAAUGGUCCUUAGAAAUGGUCUGGAAGGGUGUGCAAAGUCAAAAUCAGACAAUGAAAAGGAACAUUCGAGAGAAAGAAAAGCUGCACUUUCUUGCAAUGAACAUGAACAGCCGCAAGAAGAACAAGGAGAUCCCAACGGGCAGGAUUGUGCAAGUGCAAAUGAACAGGCGCAGAUCUGCAUGCAAAGAAGUAAGGAGGGUGUCAAACAAAGAAAGAAGAAGAUCUGGCUGUGCAGUUCGGUUUACCUCAAGGCGAGAAAAACAGGGGAAGGAAUCCAGAGUGGGAAACGGUGUGAAAGGCAAAAUAUGAAACCAAAGAAGGGAAAGGGGGUGCCGAAAUUCAUGGUGAGUCCAGAUGGAGAGGUCGCGGGAGAAUCGGUUGGCGACAGUGGGAUCGAAAAUUGCAACCGGGCUCUGAGGAAGCAGUUGCAAAAUCAGCUGGCAAAAGACAUAUGGGAUUUAGCAAAGAGACUAAGUGCCACAGCAGAAAAUGAGGAGGAGAUCCUGCAGAAAAUUGAAGAAAUGGAGGGCAGAGAUAGACAAGGCAAAGAAGAUAUGGUGAGGAGAGUGGCAGAAGACGCUAAGAAGACAGAAGUGAUUGAGGGGAAACACUUCACGGGGGUGUUUGGGUUGUGGGGGGAGGACCAGACACCUAUUCACAUCCUUAAUAUAUACUCUCCAUGCCAUCUAGAAGGAAAAAGAGUGCUAUGGGAGGAGUUGGGCAAGCUGAUCACUAGUAAAAGAGGCAAUUGGGUUUUGGGGGCGGAUUUCAACGCAGCAAGAACAGUAGGGGAUAGAGCAGGAUGCAGUGGGAUUACCAGGGAAAUGAGGGAGUUUGAUAGCUUUAUCCAUGUCACAGGGCUGGUUGAUCUACCAUUGGCGGGUAGAAAAUAUACUUGGCACAGUGCAAAUGGACAGCAUAGGAGCAGGAUAUAUAGGUUUUUGGUUUCGGAAGAAUGCCUGCAAAAGUGGAAUGACUUAAAACAGUGGGGAUUGGGUAGAUCAGUUUCCGAUCAUUGUCCAUUACUCUUGAAAAAUGAAAAGAUAGAUUGGGGUCCAAAACCUUUUAAGUUUUUUGAUGCUUGGUUGGAACAUCCUGAUUGCAAGGAAGUAAUUAGCAAAGUGUGGAAAUCUGUAGAGGUGAGGGGGUGGAAGGGGUUCAGACUUAAGGAAAAGCUGAGAGAAACAAAAAAAGCCCUAAAGAAAUGGAGUGCUAAUCACACAACUGAAGUUGACAGAAGAAUAAUUGAAGCAGAAAGGAUCAUAGUUGAAAUGGAUGAAAAAGAAGAGCACAGCCAACUCUCAAAAGUAGACAUUGAGAAAAGAAGGAAUGGAUUCCUAGAUCUUUGGAAGAACAUGAAGAUCCAAGAGAGCAUGUGGCAGCAAAAAUCCAGAAAGAUGUGGCUGAAAGAGGGGCAUGCAAACUCAAAGUUUUUUCAUAGAAGUGUGAAGGGCAGAUGGAGAAGAAAUGAAAUCAACAGCAUUCAGAUUAAGGGAGAUCAAUGUAGAGGUGUGAAUGAGAUUAAGGAAGGUGUGAUGAAUUAUUUCAAGGGGUUAUUCUCGGAAGAAGAAUGGCAGCGACCAAAGCUAGACGGCAUCAGCUUCAAACAGAUAGACAAAGCAGAUAAUGAUUUUUUGACAGCCACUUUCUUAAAAGAGGAUAUUAAAAACGUAGUGUGGGAUUGUGACUCAUCUAAGUCCCCUGGACUGGAUGGCUUCAAUUUCAAGUUUAUAAAGGCAAUGUGGGAGGAAAUUAAACAGGAUGUCAUUGGCUUCGUGCAAGAAUUCCACGAGCAUGGCAAGCUGGUCAAAGGUUCCAACUCCUCCUUCAUCACCCUGAUCCCUAAGGUUGAAAACCCCUAUAGAAUCGAAGACUACAGACCUAUGUCACUCAUUGGAGUCAUGUACAAGAUCCUAGCUAAGCUGCUAGCAAAUCGCCUCAGGAAAGUUCUUGACAAGAUCAUCGGGGAGCAGCAAAUGGCAUUCAUAGAAGGUAGACAGUUGAUGGACGGAGUGGUGAUUGCAAACGAGAUAAUGGGGGUCGAGACUGAGGAGGGUUGGAAAGAGAGGAUGGCUUAUAGACUGUGUUGCAAGGCGGGAGAUCUUCCUUUUAAGUAUUUGGGAACUCCAGUUGGAGGGAAUCACAGAAGGAUAGCAAUGUGGCAACCACUGGUAAACUCCUUUAAAAAGAAACUUGCUAGCUGGAAAGGGCAAAACUUAUCUCUGAGAGGCCGAAUCACUCUCUUAAAUUUUGUGCUGUCUAGCCUUCCCGUGUACCUGAUGUCAGCCGACAAAAUCCCUAAAGGUAUUCUCUUCUCUUUAGAUAAAAUACGCAGGAAUUUUUUAUGGGGAGGGAUGGGGGAGAGGAAAAAAAUCAGUUGGGUUAAUUGGGAGAGGGUAUGCAGGAAAAAGGAGUGUGGAGGUCUAGGAGUGAAGGACUUGAGGAGAUUCAAUAUGGCGUUGUUGGGUAAAUGGUGGGGGAGGUUAGCAAAAGGGGAAGAUGGGCUAUGGAGCAAAGUGAUGUCUAGUAAGUACGGGGAGAAUGGAGGGCAUUGGUUGGAUUGGGUAAGGGAUAGGAGUGGAGGAGGUUCAAUAUGGUGGACAGACAUCCAAAAUUUAAAUGCUGGAGAUGGGGUGAAUGCAUGAUGGCUUACGGAGGGUUUUAGGAUUAAGGUCGGUGAGGGGAAAAGAGUAAGCUUCUGGUGGGAUGAGUGGUGUGGGGAGAGCUGCUUGGCUAAUAAAUUCCCUAGAUUGUA